GCUCAGCCCAUUUAGCGUACAGUAUCUGCUGUACUAUCGAGCAGACAACGCGAAAGAAAUGCGAACAGUACAAUUCCUGGCCAGUCUCUGGCUGUUGCUGCACUUGGCAGUUUGUGUCUUGGGUGGCGCUGUGCCAGGCCAGCCAAUCGAGGAUGAUGACGAUGCAAUGCAUCCGCAUCUGGAGCAGAAUGCACGCUCCAGUGCGCGUCGCAUCAAGGGCGAGGAUACCCAGGACUAUUGGCUAUCAGCAAGCAAGGAACAUAUUCUGGAGAAGUUGAACUAUGUGCGGAAUACGAAGCGUGCCAAGAAUAUUAUACUCUUCCUGGGUGACGGCAUGGGUCUGGCCACAUUGGCGGCGGCUAGGAGUUAUAUGGGUGGCGAGGAGAAGAAGCUCUCCUUUGAGAAGUUCCCCUACACUGGCCUCUCCAAGACCUAUUGUGUGGACAAAAUUGUGCCCGAUUCGGCAUCUACCUCGACAUCGUAUCUGUGCGGCGUGAAGGCCAACUACGGCACGAUUGGAGUUAAUGCACACAUCAAGCGUGGCGACUGCGAGGCCAUGGCCGAUACCUCGAAUCAUGUCUUUUCCGUGGGCAAAUGGGCAAUGGAUGCGGGCAAAGCCGCUGGUCUGGUGACCACAACGCGCGUGACCCACGCCUCGCCCUCGGGCGUCUAUGCGCAUACCGCCGAUCGGGAAUGGGAGAACAAUGCAGUGCUGGAGGAGGCGUGUGGAGAUCUGGCAAAGGGUCUGGAUGACAUUGCGGUGCAGCUGAUUCAUGGCGAGGUGGGCAGCAAACUGAAGGUUAUGCUUGGCGGCGGCAGACGCAACUUUAUGGACCUCGAGUUCUACAAGAACGGACGACGCACCGAUGGGCGCAAUCUGGUCGAGGAGUUCGAAGCCAUGUCCGACCGCAACACCUAUGUGAAGAAUCGCAAGAAGUUGCUUAAGGUGAAUCCCGCGGAAACGGAUCGCCUUUUGGGUCUCUUUUCCAAGAGUCACAUGCACUACCAUGAGGAGCAGCUGGCCGAUCCAGAGAAUACGGAGCCCACGCUGGAGGAGAUGACCCAGAAGGCCAUUGAGAUGCUGGAGACAGAGGAAAAUGGAUAUUUCUUGUUUGUGGAGGGCGGAAAAAUUGAUAUCAGCCAUCACGAUACCAUGGCACGCAUCGCUCUGGACGAGACCGCGGAGCUGUCCAAGGCUGUGAAGCUGGCGCGCAAAAUGACCAGCGAGGAGGACACCCUGAUCGUGGUUACCUCCGAUCACUCGCACACCUUCAGCAUGGGCGGCUAUCAGAAGCGCGGCAGCGAUAUCUUUGGCAAGGCCAAGUCCUCCGGCACCGAUGGCAAGCCCUAUCUGGCCCUAAGCUAUGCCAAUGGCAAGAGCUUUGAUACCUACUACAAUGUGGAGACGCACGAGCGUGUUGAUCCCAUGUCAUUGAUGUCGGACGGCGCUGAUGCAGCCCAACUAUUCCCAGCCACCGCGCCCCUGGAGUCGGAGACGCAUGGCGGCGAGGAUGUUGGCGUCUUCGCCUCCGGUCCUUGGGCUCAUAUCUUCACCGGCGUCUACGAGCAGAACACCAUUCCGCAUAUGUUGGCCUUCGCUGCGUGCGUGGGCGAUGGCCAGACAGCCUGCGAUUGAUUGACAGCUUUGAUAGAGACUUAAUUUUAAUUAAAUGUCGUGCUCCUUGGAGGCGAUAGCAAAC